AUGGAGGGUGACCCCGAGCUGGACGCCGAGGGGCGCGUGCUGACGGCUGAGUUCCCUGCCCUGCGCGUCGUCUGUGUCUACGUGCCCAACUCCGGGCGAGGCCUGGGCCGCCUGAGCUUCCGGCAGGCCUGGGACGAGCGCUUCCGCUCCUUUGUGUCCCAGCUGGACCGGUCCAAACCGGUCGCCAUCUGCGGCGACCUCAACGUCACCCACCAGCCCUUGGACCUGAGGAACCCGUCGGGGAACAAGAGGAGCCCCGGGUUCACGCGGGAGGAGAGGGAGGCAUUCGGGGAGCUGCUGGGGGCCGGCUUCCUCGACAGCUUCCGGAUGUUUAACCCCUCGCUGCCCAACGCCUUCACCUUCUGGACCUACCUGAGCGGGGCCAGGGCCAGGAACGUGGGCUGGAGGCUGGAUUACUGCCUGUGGUCCCAGAGGGGCAGGAAGGAUCUGUGCAACAGCAGGAUCGAGCAGCGGGCCCAGGGCAGCGACCACUGUCCCGUGGGGAUCUACCUGGCACUGGAGGGGGCAGGCUGA